AUGACUUUAGCAAAGCAUUGGAAAUACAAUAAAGAAGAAGAUUUAGUUGUUACUCAAUUAAAAGGUUUAGCUAAUUCAAAUCCAUAUAUUAAAUUAAUCCCUAGUGAAAAAGUAAUAUUUAAUCCGCAUUCAGAUACUUCUGAAAAGAUUACAAUUAUAAGCGGUGGUGGUGCUGGUCAUGAACCAUUACAUGCUGGUUAUGUUGGUGAAAAUUUAUUAGAUGCUGCUGUUAGUGGUUCAAUUUUUGCAUCACCUUCAACUAAACAAAUUAUGGCUGCAAUUAAAACAAAAAGUAAUAAAGAGAAGGGUACAGUUAUAGUUGUUAAAAAUUAUACUGGUGAUGUUUUACAUUUUGGUUUAGUUGCUGAAAGAGCUAAAAAUGAAGGCUACAAAGUUGAAUUAGUUGCAGUUAGUGAUGAUGUUGCAAUUGGUAAAGAACAAAAUAAAAUGGUUGGUCGUAGAGGUAUUGCUGGUACUGCUUUAAUUCAUAAAAUAUUAGGUGCAGCAACAGCAACUUCUAGAAAUUCAGAUUUGAAAGAAAUUGCUGAUUUGGGUCAUAAAAUAAAUUCAAAUUUAGUUACUUUAGCUGCUAGUUUAGAUCGUACUUCAGUUCCAGGUAAAGCAGAACAAGAAGUUGAAUUUACAAAUGAUAAUGAAGCUGAAUUGGGUUUAGGUAUUCAUAAUGAACCAGGUACAAAAUUAAGUCCACUACCAAAUAUUGAUGAAUUAGUUAAGAAAAUGUUGCAUAGAUUAACAUCACCAGAAGAUAAAGAACAUCAUUAUUUAGAUUUUGAUUUGAAAAAUGAUGAUUAUGUGUUAUUAAUUAAUAAUAUUGGUGGCACUUCAUCAUUUGAAUUAUAUACUGUCACUCAACACGUUAUUGAAAAUUUACCAUUUGAAAAAAAACCAAAGAGAAUAUUAGUUAGUGAUUUUGUUACUUCAUUUAACUCACCUGGAUUUUCAAUUACAUUUUUAAAAUUAAGUGAUGAUUUUGGUAAAUAUAAAUCUGAAGAUAUUUUGAAAUUUAUUGAUACUCCAACUAAUGCACCAGGUUGGAAACCUAAAACAUAUGAAAAAUGGGAGUAUAAUGACUACGUAGAUUCUCCAAUGAAGAACCAAUCGGUCGUAAAAUCAGACUUGAACAUAGAUGGUGAUAAAUUUGAAAAAAAUUUGAAAUCAGGUUUGGAUAAAUUGUUGAAAGAAGAACCAAAAAUUACACAUUAUGACACAAUAGUUGGUGAUGGUGAUUGUGGUGAAACAUUGGCUGCGGGUGCAAAUGCUAUAUUAAAAUACUUGAAGGAUAAUGAAGAAUUUAAAGAGAAUUUAUCAGAUCCAGUAGCUACUGUUUCUUUUAUAACUGAAUUAGUCGAAGAUAGUAUGGGAGGUACAUCUGGUGGUUUAUAUGCAAUUUAUUUAACUGCCUUAGCCCAAAAUUUGAAAAAUUCAAAGGAAAUAGAUAAUAAAUCAGUUAGUGAAGCUUUAUAUAGUGCUUUAUAUGGGGGAUUGUUCAAAUAUACUAAAGCAAGAGUCGGUGGUAGAACCUUAGUUGAUACUUUGCAACCAUUUGUUGAUGAGUUUAAGAAAUCAAAUAAUUUACAAAAAGCAGUUAAAGCUGCAAAAGAUGGCUGUGAAUCGACUAAAAAAUUACAUGCUUCAUUUGGUAGAGCAAGUUAUGUCGAUGAAAGUGAAUUCGAAGCAGAAGGUGGAAUACCAGAUCCAGGUGCAGUUGGUUUAUUAGCUAUUAUUGAAGGUUUUACGGAAAAUAUAUAA